GCCUAAUGGAUCACGAUCUCGAUCUUCCCGGCCGGUGACAAACUCCACUAGUUUCCGGCGGGAUCUUGGCUUGGAUUGAUUCGUUCUCGUCCCUUUCGGGUACCUUCGCGUUGAAUAGAUCCGGAAAAUCAUGGCUCCAAUCUCCGCUCUCGCCAAGUACAAGCUCGUCUUCUUGGGGGAUCAAUCCGUUGGCAAGACCAGUAUCAUCACUCGCUUCAUGUACGACAAAUUCGACAACACCUACCAGGCCACUAUUGGUAUUGACUUUCUAUCAAAAACAAUGUAUCUUGAAGAUCGAACAGUUCGUUUGCAGCUCUGGGAUACAGCAGGACAGGAAAGGUUUAGAAGUCUAAUUCCAAGCUAUAUUAGGGAUUCAUCUGUUGCAGUCAUUGUUUAUGAUGUAGCAAGUAGGCAGUCGUUCCUGAAUACUGCCAAGUGGAUAGAGGAGGUGCGGACUGAGAGGGGUAGCGAUGUGAUCAUUGUGCUUGUUGGAAACAAAACAGAUCUUGUGGACAAAAGGCAAGUAUCAAUAGAGGAAGGAGAAGCGAAGGCCCGUGAACUCAAUGUUAUGUUUAUUGAGACUAGUGCCAAGGCUGGCUUCAAUAUAAAGCCACUCUUUCGGAAGAUUGCAGCUGCUUUACCUGGGAUGGAGACACUCUCCUCAACAAAGCAAGAAGACAUGGUUGAUGUCAACCUCAGGUCUUCCAACACGAACACAACUCAGUCACAGCAACAGUCAGGAGGAUGUGCCUGCUAAUAUGCAGAGUCAAUUGAAGCACUUCCUUUCGAUCUUCUCUGAUCCUACAUAUACACACUGUCUGUAAAGAUCUCUCUUCCCCUUUUUGUAGCAUCGGAUUUUUGGUUGAUCGUUUAAAGAUAUAACUUGAGAGAGGGUUACUGGUAUGGUAGUUAGCCAUGGUCCUAGCCAGUCCUAUAUUGUAUUGGAUCUUUCUUGUGGGCUGGACAAUGAUGCCCAGUUUACUGUUUAGGCAAUACAUUUUUCGUUUUGAU